AGUUAGACUGCUGUCAAGGUGAACAGGGACGCUACAUUUUUUAGAGUAAAAACAAGUUGGAAAAUGUUGUUUUAGUCCAGCAUUCGGUGAAGGAUUUUCUUUGAAAUGGAUUAACUUCCAAAUGGUUUGCUUAUCAGCCUGGUUUAGGUGAAGAUCAACUGUACAGAGGACUUGGACACCACCAUUACCUUAGUGUCAUUCUCACUUUUAUCAAGUGUUGAACGCUAGAUCUGCAGCACGCACUUCAGGCAGUAGUACCACUCCAGUGCAAAAGAACAGGUUUGUUCUCUAUGCCAGUGAGUGCUGACAAUGGCAGGGGUGACCGGAAGCCGAAGGGGUGUUCGCAAGAAAGCCCAGGACAAGGCGUUCUAUGAGAAACCGGCCAAUAAGGAAACCAGUGCCGAUAUCAUAGCGGACGCCCGGGCCGCUUUGAGAACUGUUCCGACCACACGACCUUUCACCCCUAGAGAGGACAAGAGGACAUUGUUUAGUGGGAGUACGUCCAGGGCACCAAAUGAGCGGCCUCCGUCGGCAUUCAGUUUGGGUUCCAGGCACUUUGAUGGACCUGAUUCGAGACCUCCUUCUGGGUCCAGGCUCUCACCUUUGGACCAUAAACCAUCACCUCCACCGAUCAAACAGAUCUCGAUAGAUGACCAUUGUCCAAAGCUCCCCAAACCGCCCUCUAUUGAGCCCAAACGGGGAGGUUCAGGUCAGAGGAGAGCACGUCCCAAGCUGCUCAGUGCUCUGAGUCAGGAUGGAAGUGCCAUCCAAGUCCUACCCAAGCCCAUGGAGAGGAAGAACUCGGCCCCGAAGGUGUCUAGUCUGAGCAAUGAAAGAAGGGUACAGAGUGGUCCAAAAGAAAGGACCAAGCAACUCCUUGAUGACGGAGAAGCUGAUGCCGGCGCCGAAGACGAAAGGUUGACCCGCCCCUCCCCCGAUAGUGGGGUCGCGAGGGUGAGGUCAGCCGACAGCAUCCAGACCAGUAGUUCAAGUACCAGUCGGUCUUCAACUUCAAGUGGAAGUAUAAGCACAGAGAGAUCAGAAAGUGGCUAUUCUAGUGAGAGGCAUUCUGCAAGCAGUAGAUCUGGAAGCGGUGGAAGAAGGGAAGAUGAAAGUCCGGAGGAGGCCCUCUAUUGGAACGAGAGGGUCAGUCCCAUCUUAGAGAAACUAGCAUCAUUAUCUAAAACCAAACUAGACGAAGAUACUGCUCAAGAAGCUUGCAGUCUGUGCAAUGACCUAUACAGCACCUUAGAGGCAAGGGACAUGCUGGGCCGAGGGGCCAAGAGAAGAUCAUCGGCCCUCAAGGCUGUCUUUAAACUUCUAGAUCAGACCGAUCCAAGGCUACUCAUAAAAGCAUCCAAAAUUGUUCUUGCACUUGAUGUAACAGGUAGUAACCUCAAGGCUCUCUGUCGACUCCUCUUCAAACUCAGCCGAGAUGAGAAGAACGAUUCUCUGUUCCUUGAUAAGGAUUUAUUAGACCUGAUAGUUACAUUAAUUGCAAAGACGGACUACAUAACAAACUGUGAGGCUCUAGUGUACUGUGUAGGAGGAUUGAAGUGUUUAUCUGCCAACAGUGAACUGAAUAAAGCCCUUUCUGAGAAGGGGCUUAUCGAAGCCCUUGGUAGGAUUCUCAAGUCUGUUAAUGCAUCAACAUCGUCAGAGUCGCGGAGCAAGAAUGUGUCCAACCUACUCCUGCAGAUCGUGGGCACUCUUCGGCACCUGGCCGACAGGGGCGAGAACAGACAUGACUUCUUAGCAAACAAAGUAAUCAACCAUCUAUGUGGUAUCAUGGAGCUGUUCACAUCAGACGGGGAUCUCAUGAUGCACGUAUCAAGGAUAUUAAGCAAAUUGACCCUGAAUAAUGACUGUACCGCAGUCCUCGCUGAGCACCCAACCGCUUUCCAGUCUCUCCUAGCCCUCAUCAACAAACACCCUGAUCGGAAUGACCUGGUCGUCAGAGUCGGCUUCGUCUUAGGGAACCUGACGGCAAGGAACGAUGACUGUCGUUAUUGCCUUUUCAACACGGACGGAGCCAUGGAGGUCCUCCAGGGAUCCAUCAGGAGAUACAUGGCUAAAGAUCUCAGGGAGAGUAUGAAAGAUUCCGGGGAUGCAAAGCAAGACGGCACGAUAGAGGAUGUACUGAUCAAGCUGAUACGUGUCGUAGCAAACCUCUCCAUCAAUCCAGACAUUGGGCCUCUUAUAGCAGCCAAUGAGACAUGUGUGGAUCUCCUUAUGCAAGUUCUAGAAUCAAAAGAUAUUAGUCAGAAUGAAGAGCUGGUCCUUAAUGCUCUUAUCACCAUCAAUAAUUUAUCUUUCUAUGACAUCAUCAAUAGUGCAAUUGUAGAGAGACAGGUUCAGAUAGCGAGAUUAUUAUUGAAGCAACUAGUUACUGAUCAUAAAGAAGGGAUGAUAGAAGCAUCUAGGGUCUUUGGAAACCUCUCAAGAUCAAUCGAUAUACGCAACUUUUUGACGGCCAAAAAGGUGGAUGAGAUGAUGGUGACUCUACUGGACUCUGGUAAUAGAGAGUUUGUCUAUACAUCUUGUGGUGUGCUUAUAAACCUGAUGGCAGACCAGGAGAGGAGACCGAUGCUCAAGAGAGAGGGUGGUGUCAGCAAAUUGAUAGAUGUUUUACGUGACUUUGGACGCAGUGAUUGGCAGCUUGCUGGUAUGGUUUGUAUGACGCUGUGGAACUACAGUGAGAACAUCGUCAACUCCAAUGAGACCUUUGGAGAGCAAGAGACUGGCGAAUUCACAGAACUGCUUGUGGAUUACCUUGAUGAGGAAGUUGCCCUGGAGGUUCCUGAGGAUGCGGACUGGGAUGCAGAGACCCAGCAGCUCAUGAAGUCCUACUGGAAGACAGAGUUCUGUCCCGUAGCGUCGCAGCUCCUGGACCGGAUAGAACACCACCACUCUGACUUGGUUACAAUAGACUCACCAACCAACGUCACUAUGGCUUCAUCUUGAGGGUCAUCCUUUGUUUGAUGAUUUCAGGUGUGGCUUUGGUUUGGGUCUUGAUAGUGUGAACUGGGAUACCCAGCAUGAGUUCUGAUAAAUAUGAUACUAAUCAUGUUAUGGAUGGUUCUAGGAGAGUUCCCCUGAUGCUUUGCAAGAUGUCCUUGAAGGAAUUGGUAGUUAGGUAAGAAAUUCUUCAAGGAGAAUUGACUUCUGGAGAUCUAGCCUCACCAAGAGAAGUGUUCUAGAAGAAUGUUCCUUUGUGAAUUGUAUCAGGGAUGGUUGUCUUCUAGAGUUAUUGACCUGUUACGGUUACGGAUAGCCCAAGAUAAGUUGUUACUUGGCUCAGCACCCAGGGCUGUUGUCCUUGUUCGUCCAUCGAAGCGACAAGGACCAUCUUAAUCAUUCCAGGAUCUGGAUUAAUUAGGCUUGUAGGGUCCGCAGAUGGCUGACCAGGCCAAUCCUGAUGUUACAGAGGCCAUAGAAUCACAUCAGCAGAUCCAACAGUUGCAUGUUCUGUCAACGUGGAAGGAUGGGGAACCUUCUUCAAGAUCGUCACAAACUGUCUUUGAUCAGAAAACACCCAGAAUGAACUCACACUGCAUGAAUAUACCAAAAAAACUUGGUGGACAAUUUAUGAAGUCUGCGGGAAGAUAGAAGAAUCGAUUAGUGCCCAGGAGAUGCUGUUUGCCAAAUGCAGGCUUUCUGACUAGAAUAAGAUCCAUAUGCUUUGAUACAGAUGUCUCCAGACCCACACAGACUCUUUGGUGCAUGUGUCGCUUGGGGUUCUUGGAAUGGGAGACAGUCGCUGACUGGGGUAUGGGGAAAGUUCAUAUUUGGGGGAUGUAGAACUCCUCAGGGGGUUGUUGAGGCUACAGAUAAUAGCUAUGACCAGGCUGUGAUCUUCAUCGCUUCUCCCUAUUUCAUGAAAAUACUCAUUAUAUUAAUUCUGUUGAAGGAUUCUAUCAUUUUAUUUGCUUUUUGGAGAAAUCAUUUGAUUGAAGUGGUAUUUAUUGUAAUAGCUGUGCAUAUUGAGUGCAAAAAAGAUAUCAUAUUGGGCAUUAGAAAAAAAAAUAUGUGUCCUUCCAAGUCUUUACUUAGCAGUAUUAAGUCUGUUUAACUUCUAUCAUGAAUGAAAUGCUGAUUUGUGUUGAUAUACUGCCUAUCGUAAAAUGAUAUACAAAGAUAUGUAAGAGAUUUCUAUGUAUCACAUGUGCUGGAUUCUUUUUUUUUCAUUACCUCUCUUCUACAGAUAUUCUUGUAUUUUGAGGUUUCAGAAUUUACCAGUCUCGAAAAAUAUAUUGUUAUUCCAAAGCGUUUUGACAGUAAAAAAAAAUAUAACAUCGGGCGCAAAAAGAUUAAAAGCCUCCCAAAAUACAUAAAGUAGACCUCUUGAAUUGCAAAGAAAAAGAACCCAUAAAAAUCAGGUUCAAUAACCAGACCUUAUCUCUUUCCUCGGCUAAUGGUUGAUUUACUGUGAUUUGCUGGUUUGCUCCUUUCAACAGUAUACAAAUACAUGUAGCGAAUAGACAUGAGUGCAAUGGUGCGAGAUUUCGCAUGAGGUGAAAGAAAGAUGCUCUUCGUCUCUUUCUUUCACCGAAUUCAAAAUCUCGCACCAUUGCGCGAAUAAAAAUAUUUGUUAUUUGUGUUGUCCAAUGCCUCGAAUCGAAUCUAGCGAAAAUCUGAAAAAAAAGACUUAUCCUGCAGUUAUCUAUGAAAAGGAAGCAAAAUAAUAAAACCGAAAGGCAAAAUCCCAUAAGCGCACAUGAUCUUGGGCAGCAUUGCGCAUUUGGCCAGCAGGCUAUACGCAUAUUGAACCUUCAUUUUUAUGCAACAAAUUAAAUUGUAUUGUGACGUGACCUGCUAAAGCCGUGCAACGGUACAUUUUGGAUGGUACGUCAUGUGUACAGCGAUAAGAAUGUUUGACAUUCAGCCUCCCAUUUGCUCGCGUACAACAAGCUAAGUAGUCGUUGUACAAUAUACAAAUAACAUUUGGUUGUGAGUGCAUUUGGUAGCACAUGUGAUAACUUGAAGCCAUUAAGCAUAGGAAGACGGCUUUUAACAAUUCUCUUUAUGAACUUACAAUGUCCUUUUUUAUUAUUGUGAAUCCCCCCCUCGUGUCAAGAUACAGAGAUAUGAUUGAAAUGCUUGUGUAAGCUUUCCUGAAAUUCACCAGUACCAUCACUUUGCGUCGCAUAGAAUUGUCUCUGAAUUUAUAUUAGUCCGUUACUUCUUUAGCUUUAUUGAAAUGUUCGCAUCAUCCAAAUAAUGUGCAUUCACAUUAUACACACUAUGAUGAAUUUUAAUUAGAAGUGAUUUAAAGUUCCUAGAAAGCCACAAAUUAGGUAUUAGCAAAGAUACUACACGGGGAAGAUCGGACACUUCGACGAUUUUUUUAAACGCUCGAUUAAUGCUCAUGGGGAAGGGCGCCCACUAGCGUUGAGUAAGUAAACCAUCACAAAUUGGCACACUUCUGUGUUUAAAACAUUUGGAAAAAAUUAGAGAGGGAAUUUUGGAGAGUACUCAUGGGCAACGCAUGUGGAUUAUUCCAGCUUUUUCUUUCCCAGAAACCUCUGAAAUAUAUUAAUUUAUAAUAUUAGGGGGAAAAAAAUUGAAGAAAAAAUUCUUAAAAGUACAAAUAGUCUAUUCCUUCGCCCCUCCACCAUUUCUCUCAUAGGUUUUGUACACAACCUUAUUGCAAUACGCAAAGUUAAAAAAAGUUUGUUACUUACUCAACGAUGGAGGGCGCUGUUCCGGAGCAUUUCAUUGCACGCUCUAUGCACUGUCGAUCUUCCCCUUGUAGUAUCUUUGGCAUUAAAAUGCAGUUUUAUUUUAGAUGUAUAUUUCAUCGACUGUACUUGUAGAUCCCACAGCUAAGUUAUUACCUAAUUCAUGCUUGUAUAUAUUAAUAGACUUCCUGUUACAAAGGCUUGUGAAUAUGAAUAUUAUUACUGUGUGCAAUGGCUUGAGAUAUAUAUAUAAAAAGCAGUUUGUUCUAACAUCUUAUGAAACAUUUUGAUAGAGUGAAAAACUAAGACAUUCUUGCAAGCAUAUUUAUUGUACAGAUUUCUAGAAUCCAUUUCGAAUGCUUUAGUCUCGGCUUCAGAGCUUCUUAAUUAUAUCAUAGUUAACUAUUUGAUGAACUAACUUGAUGAAAUACCUUGUUGGAUACCAAGCAAUUUUUUUGUUUUUUUUUGGGGGGGGCUACUUUUUACAGCUGAUGGAUAAGCUUUGAACAGUGUAGUGAAUGGGAAAUUUGAGGGGGGAGGGGGUUGGGGCAAAAUCACCCCGAGCCCCUAUGUUUUUUUUUUCCUGUUUGGAUACAUUGAACUAUCUCAGUGUUACAAUCGAUCACCUUGAUAAAUCAGUCACCAGUGUUAUAUAAUGGCGAAAAUUUGGAGGGGGGCUUACCGAAUUGACUACAAUGAUUUUUUUUCUGAAACGUGAUGGAGCGAAUCAAGCGAGCCAAAAACGUGGAAGUUGAUUUGGUUGAUCGCUGGUCUGUCAUCUCAAAUUACAUGGAUUCGCGAUCGUAGUUAGGAUUGAUAUGUCGUAUGCAAAUGAAAUAUGAUUUGUACAAUUGAUUGCAAUUUAGUUUCUUCAGACACCUGUAGGAAUGUCUUUUCAUCGAAUAUCCGUACGCCCCUAGAUGUAUUAUUUGAGCUAAUCUGUAGAGGAGAAUCGAAUGCCGGGGGAUGUCGUGGUCUGGUGGUUAUGACUCUCGUCUUUCAAUCUGAGGGACGUGGGUUAGAUUCCCAGUCAUGGCUUGUUUUCCUUCAGCAAGAAAUUUGCCAAUAUAGUGCUGUACUCAACCCAGGUGAGGUGAAUGGAUACCCGGCAGGGAGAAAUACCUCAAAUGCCAGAGUGCCUGUAAGCAGCACGGCUAUAGCCGGGCUAAUGAUAAUGAAAGAUGUCAUGGGCCCCGUCUUACAAAGAGUUACUAUUGAUCCAAUCAACCACAACUACGGACAGCCAGCAACGUCAACAUUUAACAUGCCUUUUCAAAAUAUUUUCUAGGUAGGAUGGAUAUUCAUACAUUCAUAUUUUUCUUGAAAAUUCAGUAUGCUUCUCUUUGUUUCCCAAGGACAUUGUGCAAAAAAAACUUUUCUUCAGGGUGAACUCCCUUUUAAGCAAUUGCCAAUAAUGGUAUACUCCAGCUCACCUUGCUAAUAUACAAGCCAAGUUGACCCUCUAUAGUCAGACCAUUAUCCAUAUAUGGAAGAUAAUGUAGGUUUGCAUUUCAAAACAUGGGGUUGUAAGGAUUAUUAGGUGGAUAAUCCCUCUUAAUCUUAAAUCCUGGUCCUCUAGAAUAGAGUACAAUGGGGUCAUUAUAAAGACCCCUUGACUACUUUUCCUUUAAAUGCCAUCAGAAAAUGAAGGACCCCUUCUUUAGUAGCCAGUCGCUUGUGAAGACCACUUUUUCUAUCUUCUGAAAGUGGGCAUUAUACAGGUGGCCCUGUAUAUAAUUGCUGCUCUUACAAAGACACAUAUGUUUUUGUAUUUAAAAGCACAUGACCUAUCAAAAAUAUAAACUGUCAUAAAUUAUCUUAUAAGUCUA